CCCAUGCCUGGUCAAGGCAUCCCUCUGCCUUUGGGGCCUCCUGAGGUCUCUCGUGGGAGCUGCUCAGGUUCUCUCCUCCGCCCUCCAAAGAGGGAGGGAAGCGUCCUCCUUGCAGGUGCCAGCCUCUCCUCCCGGGACCCCCCUUCUCCUUCUCCUUCUCCUUCUUCCUUUCCAUGCUUCUGGCAGAGUCCAGGCCGAAGGGGCGACGCCGGGAGAAGCGGGGCGCCCUUCCAACUCCCCCUCGCUCGCUCUCUGGCUCCCUCUCCGCCUCCGAAGAGAAGGAAGAGGACACCCAGCAGCCCCUCAGUCGCCACCGCCUCUGGCCUCCGUUGCCGGGCACCAUGCCGCCGGGGAAGGUAUGGCUGUUAGCUUGGCUUCUCUUGUGUUGGCUGCCUUUCCCUGGUUUGGAGACCAUCAAGGUCCACAAGCGGCCAAUGCGGACCCGGACCUGUGCCGACCGACCCGAGGAGCUCCUGGAGCAGCUGUAUGGCCGGCUCAGCGCAGGGAUGCUCAGUGCAUUCCACCACACCCUGCAGCUGGAGCCCCUGGAGAAGGAGCACAACAUGAGUUGCCCAGCAGGAGGAAGGCCGGCUACAGACAAGAAGUACCGCCUGCCCAUCAACCUCAACAGUGUCUCCCCUUGGUCCUAUAGAAUCUCCUAUGACCCCACAAGAUAUCCAAAGUACAUCCCUGAAGCCUACUGCCUGUGCAAGGGGUGCCUUACUGGGGUUUACGGCGAAGAAAACUUACACUUCCGAAGCACGCCGGUGUUUAUGCCGACUGUCAUUUUGCGCCGAACCGCGUCCUGCACUGGAGGCCGCUAUGUUUACUCUGAGGAUUAUGUGACUAUCCCAGUGGGUUGCACCUGCGUGCCAGAAUAUGAGAAGGAAGCUGAAAGAGUCAACUCCAGCAUCAACAAACAAGCAGUAAAGUUGCUGGCGAAUCAUAAUAGCGACAAACCACCAUCAGAGUGAAGAACAUUAAAGGAAGUCUGAUGACUUAUAUCAGGGUUGGCCUAAGGAAUGUUGCUGCCUGAAGCAGAAGAUGAGCCAAUGUCCUCCCAACUCAUUCCAUGUGUAAACACCAAGUGGACUAUUCGUUGGAUUUAACCUCCACGCUGACUUGUUGCUAUGUGUCUUCAAGUCAUUUUGUGAGCGCGCUCCAGUGCAUGGAUGACUUUUAUCAGCUGCUUUGCUGAAAUCCAGAUAAACAACAUCUACACCAUUCCCACCAUCUACUAAAUUAGUGGCUUGAUUUCUGUCAGAGAUUUAUAUUGUAGCUCAUAGCCUUCACUGUCCUUCAACAUUCCCCCAUUAUCUGUCCUUAUUGUCUGCUGCCUGAAUCAGUCAACUGCUUCGCAACAGCUAAUAGAAGGACUAAUUCUGGUGGCCAGGCUUCUGCUGGCCUUCCAAUUCCAGGGUUAUUUCAACUCAUAUCCAUAUUGCUAUGAUAGGUGCUGUUUGAAGAAAGGAUCCAUGUGUGAAAGACCCAUCACAGGGGGGUUAAUGCACACAUACAGGACUGUAGUGUCAUUUCAAAUACACUCCCUCCAACUGCAUUCAUAUCGUGUACUCAGCUACAAUGUGUCUAGUUAUGAGUAUGCAAUACGUAUGUCAACCCAUAGGAGAAAAAAAGUGUGUUUUGAAAAUACAAGUGUAAAUUCUGAAGGCAUGGAUGGUGGAGAAGCUAGAGAUAGUAUAAAAUGAGUAUAAUCUUUAUGGAAAAAACUCAUGAUUUUUUAAAAAAAUCAUGCCUCAGCAGUGGCCCUACAAUUAUAGAGCUACACUCCAAAAUACAAAUUUUGUAUCA